AUGGAGGCUUCUCAAAUCCCAUCCAUUGCCGUGAUCGCCUCGUCGCGCGCCGUCAUCUCCGGCCGUUUGACAUCAGCCACCAUUGUCAUCUCUCGCACUACCGGCAAGAUCACGGCCGUCUUUGAUUCGGUGAUCCCGGCUUCUGAUUUCCCUGCUGGCACCCCCUAUACUGAUUAUUCUCCCCACGUUCUGCUCCCCGGUCUGGUUGACGCCCAUGUCCACCUGAACGAGCCGGGCCGCACCGAAUGGGAGGGCUUCUAUACCGGCACCCAGGCGGCUGCCUUUGGCGGUGUCACCACGGUCAUCGACAUGCCCCUGAAUGCGAUUCCUCCUACCACCACGGUGGCCAACUUCAAGGAGAAACUCCGUGCUGCCCAAGGGAAGUGCUGGGUUGAUGUUGGCUUCUAUGGCGGCAUCAUCCCCGGCAAUGCCGGUGACUUGAAGGCCCUCGUCCAAGAGGGUGUCCGUGGUUUCAAGGGCUUCCUCAUUGACAGUGGGGUCGACGAAUUCCCUGCCGUGUCUUCCGAAGACAUCCGUAAGGCCAUGGCUGAGCUAGCGGAUGAGCCCACGACCCUCAUGUUCCACGCCGAGAUGCUGCCGCCCUCCACUGAUUCCGAGGAGAAGGACCAGGCUCUCGAAGGUCCCGCAGAGGCGUACUCGACCUUCCUUGCAUCCCGUCCGUCGGCGUUUGAGACCUGUGCCGUAGAGGAGAUCAUUAACCUGUCUCAGGUGGCCCCCAAACUCCCUCUUCACAUUGUUCAUUUGUCUGCCAUGGAAGCUAUCCCUCUGUUGCGCAAAGCCCGCGCUGAUGGCGUUCCUAUCACUGCGGAAACCUGCUUCCACUACCUGUCCUUGGCGGCUGAAGAGAUCCGGGAUGGAGACACCCGCCACAAGUGUUGCCCACCCAUCCGUUCCCAGUCGAACCAGGACGCGCUGUGGGAUGAGUUGGAGCGCCAUGCGGAAGAUGGUGUGAUCCAGACGGUUGUCUCGGACCACUCCCCCUGCACCCCUGAUCUUAAGCUCCUGCCAUCCCACGUCCCUGGCUGCUGCCCAUCAGACGGCGACAGCACUCAAGUUGACAAUGAGGGUAGCUUCCUUUCCGCCUGGGGCGGUAUCUCAUCAGUUGGCCUCGGCCUUCCCAUCCUGUGGACGGAGCUUAGCCGUCGCAAGGCCCUGAAGGCAGCAGACGAAACCACGACCCAACAGGCUCUGCAGGACGUUGUACGACUCUGCUGCACCAAUACUGCCGUCCAGGUUGGCCUACAGCACCAGAAGGGUGACCUUGUCCCCGGCCACGACGCCGACAUCUGUGUCUUCGACGACACCGCAGAAUGGGUCGUCGAGCCCAGCACCAUGCUCUUCCGCAACAAGUGCUCACCCUACCAGGGCCGCAAGCUUCGUGGACUGGUCCGCGAGACCUGGCUGCGUGGCGAGAAGAUCUUCAGCCGCGACGAUGGCUUCAGCACCAAGACGCCCUCCGGAGGCUUGCUUCUGGAGAAGCGUGCUUGUUAA